CUUCAGACUCGUGGUGUGAAACUUACAGUGACAUACUUUUUUACAUGAUCACAUUAUGUGGAUUCAGCACACCAUGGGAGUGAAAACGUGCAAUGCCCUGCAAUGUGGAGCUAUGUGAUGGCCGCCGCCAGAGGUGACCCACGUCGGCGACCUGGAUCUGUCUUUACCGUACAAUCGGCCAACUGCGGUCCGGGACCUUGCAGGGACGGACUCAACUGUGCCAGAUACCCCCUUAAUUCCGGAUACAAAUCGGCCGGUUUUCAGAGGGACGGUGUAGGCAGGGGAUUUUCGAGAGAUGAACUCGACUCGACUCUUUCCAGAGAUGGAUCACGGGACGUCUUGGCUGAAGUGCGGGUACAUACACCCUACUCGGAAAGAUGUCAUAGCCCCACUGAAACUCCUCUUACGCAACCUCUGCAGGAAAAUGUUCCACAAAACAGACUGUUUUCGGUUGUGCGAGGACGGUUAAGACAAGUGGCAGCAUCCCUCCAGGCAGCAAUUCGUUUUCGACGUUUUUCCCGAAGGGAUUCGCACCCACCGGAUUGGUUUGUGGACAAAAGUCACCAGGAUGAAAAUGCUGAUGCGAUGGAUACUCCAGAACCCACUUGUUGGGGUCACAGGAUUGUUGUUGAUCCAGCGCUUCCGUCCUACUAUAAGUGGCUGAUGGUUGUAUCUCUGGCUGUGCUCUACAACGUUAUCUUUGUUCUGGGAAGAGCUGUGUUUUGGGAACUGAACAAUUCAGUGCCAUGGCUCUGGUGGACAUUGGAUUAUCUCUGUGAUACGAUCUACAUUGCAGAUAUUUUUGUUCAUGCUCAUGAAGGUUAUUUGGAGCAAGGUCUGUUGGUAACGAAUUCACGAAAACUGCGUGCACAUUAUUUCCAAACGAAGCAAUGGAGAAGCGACUUCUUAGCAUUGAUACCAACAGACGUAGCCUACAUAUGGUGGCCCCCUUAUGAGUGCGACGUUAAAGUGCCGUGUCCGAUUAUCGUAAGACUGAAUCGACUGUUUAAAUUGCCGCGUCUUUGGGAAUGGUUCGAACGGACAGAAACCGAUACAAACUAUCCGAACGUUUUUAGAAUUUGUAAAGUAGUUUUAGCCAUUCUUGUGCUUAUACAUUGGAACGCGUGCCUCUACUUCGCCAUAAGCUAUGCGAUUGGUUUCGGCAUCGACAACUGGGUCUACAAUCUAGACGGACCCAAGAACUCCACGCUGGCUAGGCAAUACAUUUAUAGUUUUUAUUGGUCCACCCUCACCCUAACUACCAUUGGUGAAACUCCAGUGCCUGAAAACGAUGCGGAAUAUUUGUUCGUGGUCGCGGACUUCUUGGCUGGUGUCUUGAUAUUUGCCACUAUUGUAGGUAACAUCGGUUCAAUGAUAUCCAAUAUGAACGUGGCCCGGGUCGACUUCCAAAACAGAAUGGAUGGAGUUAAGCAGUACAUGGCCUUCAGAAAAGUGGGUCGCGAACUAGAAGCUAGAGUAAUUCGAUGGUUCGCUUACACAUGGGCAGAAAGUGGGGCUUUGGACGAAGAACGCGUGCUGUCGGCUCUACCAGAUAAAUUGAAAGCGGAAAUUGCUAUUAGAGUGCACUUAGAAACACUUCGAAAAGUAAGGAUAUUUCAGGAUUGCGAGCCCGGAUUGCUGGAGGCUCUCGUGCUCAAAUUACGCCUGCAGGUGUUUUCUCCUGGUGAUUAUAUAUGCCGCAAGGGCGAUGUUGGCAAAGAGAUGUACAUCGUCAAAAGGGGUCGAUUGCAAGUCGUAGCUGAUGACGGUGUUACGGUUUUAGCGACAUUAGGCGCAGGUUCAGUGUUUGGAGAAGUGAGCGUAUUGGAUAUUGCCGGAAAUCGCACCGGAAAUAGAAGAACAGCUAAUGUCCGGUCGUUAGGGUAUUCGGACUUAUUCUGUUUAGCUAAGGACGACCUUCUCGUUGCACUCGCAGAUUACCCCGAGGCAAGAGCAACAUUAACGGAACGCGGAUGUCAGCUCUUACGAAAAGAUGGCCUACUCGACGAAGAGGUAUUCAAGAAAGCUCGAGAAACGCAAGAUUCUGUCCUCGAUAGCAUAAAGAAACUAGAAAACACUGUGGAGAUAUUGCAAACACGCCUCGCUAGACUUCUUGCCGAAUUUAGCGCCAGUCAGGCGAAGCUGAAGCAGCGCCUAACCCGCCUGGAACUCAGCAAGUCGGAACGUGAACAAGACAGUACACCUGAGACUUUAGCAGUUCCUACAGGACGACGGAGAGUACAUUCGUUUGAAGAGAGAAGGAUAUUUGCUGUCGAGGAAAAAUCGGAAAACGUUCCGUUCAGUUCUAGACAUAAAACGAUGUAAAUGUAGGAUUUUUAUCAAAGUUAUUUUAUUAUGACAAGCUGAAACAUGUAAAUAAUAUUAACUCGCUUAUAACCGAUACUACAAAUGUUUUAGGUAGUCAGAAAUUUGUUUCCAUUAAUUAGAAAAAAAAUUAUAUUAAACAAAAAUUCCAUUAGGUAUAUUUUUACAGAAAUAGUAGUUAAGAAUAUAAAUAUAAUUGAACACAGAAUUAAUUUGUUCUGGAAAUGUCAACGAAUAAGUUUGUCGGUGUCAGUACCAAAAAUAGCUUUCGUCAAGUAUCGUCAACAAAACAAUGUAAAUUCGUCUAAGUCCAAAUUUAAAUUGGAAUCACAACUGCAUUUCACUUUGAUCACAGUUACACUUGCAGUUACUUAAUUAAACACAUCGACAAGCUUGGAUUCAUAUUUAAAGUAAAUUUUAUAGUGUACUUAAUUUAAUACAGCAAAGUAAUAAAUGUCACGUGAUCAUCAAAACACACCUUGUACGUUAUUUUACAAAAUAUAUAGCCUCGAUAAUAAAUUUGGAACGGAAGUAUUAUUUAUGCCUUGAUCUUGUGACAUCUAUUGCUGUUAUAUUUCAGAAUAACGAAAAUAAAAAUAUAUUAUGUUACUCUAUUUUUUUAAUACGCACAUUCUCAAAAUUAGUAUGUAGAUUACAAUAACAGCUACCUCCUCAGCUGAAGCUAUUAAAAAGUGGUAUAAUGAAAAGUACGUAAGUUCAUGUAAAUAAUAAUGAACACCAGCAGGUUUAGGUACAACUAUUAAUAUUCCUAUAAUUAGUUUUUAAUUAGUUUUGAUAUAUUUCGAUGCUAAAACGCUUUGACCAGAAUAAAGGAAAUUUACGAUACGUUUAACAAUUACUCGUAUCACUUUUAUAAUGUAAAAAAAAUAUGUAUUAAUAUUAAUCAUUCCCGAUUUUCAAAUUACUUUAACAUUCUCUUUUUGCAUUACGUAAAUAUGAUGCAAAUUAGUUAGUAUGAAUUUCCAAGUACGUAGUAGUUUUUCUUUUAAUUUUUGAUUAAAAACAUACAAAGGUUAAUAGCGGCAAUACCGAAAAAAAUUGUUCAUGUUAUUGAAAACACUGCUUUAUUAUGUUUUUAAUCGUUUAACGUUAAGUAUUACUAACAAUUAAAAUUUACUACGAAAGGAACAUAUCCAAAAAUACAAUAAUAUUUAGAUCUAAAAUGUUAUAACUAAUCAAAACGUAACAUUAGGUGCUACUAAUUGUAGUACUGUACCUAAUCAAAUUUUCAAUUACUCGGCUACUACACACACAAAUGAGUGCGCGUCAAAUGCUCAGUCAAAAUUAUUUAAGUGGUACCCAAAUAUAAAUGACAAGUUAUUAUAAAUAAUUUACUUCUAAUAAAUUAUUUAAAAUGAUAUAAUUAUGUGUUAAAAACACCAAUGCAAAGAAUUAUUUAAACAUUGGAUUGCAGCUUAGGGUGCAACUUAAAUAAAAUUAUUCCGCAGUCUCAGGUAACAGUAAAUAUAAUAGGAUUGUAAAAAACAAAUACGCACGAGACGGAUCAUAAUUACUUGCACAUUUUAGAGACGUCACAUUAUUUGAAUGACCCACUUAACUAAAUUAAUAUUCACAUAUUCGAUUGCCCAGAAUUUGAAAUAGCUCAAAUUUAUUACUUUCAGCUUAUGCUGUUAAAAUUAGAGCCGACUAUAAUUAACCUACUUUACACCUAAUAUGUGAAACUAGGAGAAAGAUUUACUUGGUAAUCUCUGUUAUAGACAUAUCUAUUUUCGUAAAUGUUCUUGAAUAUUUUAUACAAACUGCUUCAUUUUAAGGUAAAAAAUGAUAAAGUACUAAUUUAUCGAAGCCUUAUUAUGAUUGUGAUAAACUCAGAUUUAUACUAAGUGUUUAUAGUGUUAACAAUACUUAAUAGCUUUAAAUAGGAGUGGAUUAAUUAUACUAUUAUACUCUUGCUGACGUUUGUUCUAGAGUAGCUAGGUAAUAAAUCUAAUUUCUUAUAUCUGUUAGAAAAAAGCGUUAGCAGGGCAUACUUAUAGAUAAAUUAUUAUUGAAAAAUAACUGUAAAAAUAAAUAAUGUGUAUUAAUAAAUAAAAGUACUGUAAAAA